AUGUCCUCCUACCCGCCUCUGCCAGCGUCGCCUACGUUGACCAACCCAGAUAUGAUAUUACCAGACUACGAGGAUUCCUAUUCUUCCCCAGAUAGAUCGCAGUCCCCUUUUUCCAUGUGGAAAAAUACACAAGUUGCCAAUAUGAGCUUUGAUCUUACUCCCCAGGCCUUCGCGGGUCCCAUCACCCCGACCACUCCCAUCAUAUAUGGUAACGGGACCAUGCUUUCGGACAUUGGUGAGGUCACAGAGGUUGAGAGUACCUGUCCCCCGAAUAAAGGAAGGUACGGGUCUACGCGCAGUGACGAUUCGAUCCAGCCAGCGUCGUCGAUGGUGCAUUAUGGGGCACUCAAGAAGAAGGAUUCGAAACUUUCUCGCGAUAGGCGAGCCUCAAUAGACUCGACAAGUACCAUCACGACCAAUGAGCAAGCCGUAAUCUUUGCCGAUUUUGACGAUACCGUCAGUGUCGACGAUAGUAAUUUUCAAGGCGACGACGAGGAAAGCGUUGCCGAUACUUACAUUGAUGAUGCAUCCGUACAGGGACAUAUUUUGCCGAAUAGUGAGGUCCGGGCCAGGAUUGGAGAGGAGCGGUACUCAACUGUAUUGAGUCGAAGAGCGGAGCAGAUUUUAGCAAAUGCCAAACGACGAUUAACGACUAUGGAAGGGAACUUGAACCGGGCACGAACAACCCUCUACUCCCCUACUCUAUCUCCUGAUUCAGGCUCUACACCUUCACCCACCAUGUCUCGGCCUACAACUGCGAUCCAUCGCAACCAUGAUCAUACCCUCCAGAAGAGCGGUCAUAAUCACACGAGAAUAUCCAGCGAAAACAACAUUCCUACUCUUCCGCUUGACGUAGUCAAGCCAGGAGUAUAUGUACCGAGAUCUUCGAGUGCCCUUGGUGCGGCAGGUGGGUAUCGACCACCUCUCCACAGCCCUCGUAGCGCGGAUUACAUCAACGAGGGUGCCAAAGGAUCUUUUUAUGCUAAGGAGUCUAUGCUUGGACCGCUAAGCGAAGAUGAUGCUUCACAAGACGUGGAUUCGCCAAGACCAAGCUUAGAGGGAUCAAGAUCGGUUAAUUUCUUGAAUCCAAAUUAUAUGGACAAGGGGGUGAGGCGGUCUGCAUCCACAGCGCAGAUGCGAGACUUAAAGGACCACAUGCAAGAUCUCAAAGGAAGAUUAUCCUCAUUAAGAGACCAAGCCAGAGCGGAUAGCCUAAAGCGUCGAAGCAUCCAAAGCCUGCGAACCCCUAGUCCUUUCACCCAUGCUCAGGUUGAUCAAUGGUAUGCCGACACUGCGCAAUACGAUGACGCCAGUUCUAUUCAUAGCGACUAUCAGUCGCACCAAUCGAAUGACGAUGUCUCAAGUAUCGACGUUGGGGAGGGGCAUUUGGCAGCGAAAUAUAUGGCAUCCGAGACCGAUGAAGAGCGGAUUCCAAAGGGGGUUUUGCGUGAAAGCCCAGUAAUAUUAUCACAAAAGGACAUCCAAGGUGGCUCCCUCUCGCCUGGAUAUACUCACCCGCCAAUGGUCAACCAAGUAGAAGAUGACUUGGAUAUGAAGACAGAGGAUGGCUACGAGGACGACAAUGAUGGAGUAGAAAAAGAAGAGCAGCAGGAACAAGUUGAAACAGACGAGGAUCAGGAACAGGGCCUGAUAGAUGACGGUGCAAGCGAGAGUGACGCGUCUUCGUAUUACGACACCGUCCAAAACCAGGUUUCCCAUGAGGAUCGCGAAGAUGCUUUCGAUUAUGAGCAUUUCUUCCUGCAUAGUGCGAUGGGCAGUAUGAGCCGAAGUCGGUUGAGAAGCAAGGGUAGCCGUGAGAGUUUCAGCUCCGAAGACUCUGUAGAGACGACCCGAGGGCCGGUUGCAUCUACCACUACGGCACCAUCUUCCAGUAGGAUUGGAAGGCGUUCUCGUAGAGGCAGUACCGGCUCGAUCUCGUCUUUCGACUCGUUCGAAACAGCUACGGAGGGUCGAAGCAUACGAGCAGAAAAUGAAUACGUGGAGGUCUACCACGAGCACGGUGUCAUAGUGCCAAAGCGUGCCCGAACACACACUCCCGACACGGCGAGGCGACCUGGCUUUUCCACCGAGUCGAGCGAUUCUAGUUCCGAUAAGAGUCGGUUUAGACAGUCGGAUAUUUGGCGCCCCAAGAGUAGCGCGGCCGCAUUUAACCAUCGUCCUUCAGUAUCGUCAUUAGAUUCGAAUAACACGCGUAGGAGCCUUCUUUUGGUUGAGAAGCCGAAGGUUAAUGGUGGCAUGUUGACGCCACGAGAAUCGCCGGACCGGGAGUUGAAGCAAAUUUCGGAAGUUCUUCUUAACGAGAGUACUUCCAGCAGUCAGAGUGGAGAUAGCAGAACCACGCCGAUCGAGAUGUUGCAAAAAGACGAUCGAAUACUUGUCGAGCGUCUGGUUGCUAGUCUUGGCCGGUGCGUUCUUGGUUUGGCCGAAUCCGGCCGCGGCUCGGUUGAGUAUCGAGCAUACCGGAGACAAAUAGAAAUGGCGAGACGAGCUUUAGAGAGUUUGGACGAAACCGCGUAA